ACAUGAUGGCCUGACUACAGCAUCUUGCUAGUAAAGUAGGUCAGGAAUAGUAGGUAUGAGAAGCUCCGAAAGAAAGAGUGUUCCAUGACCGAGACACCUCCCAUGCAGUGCAACGCAUGGUUCUUGCACUUUAUUGUUGGGGAGAUUGUGUACGACGAUGAAGUGAUCGACUGGUUCAACGGGGAAGGCGUUUCCCACAUGCAGUCAGAAGGGGUCUAG